CUUGUGUAGUACUUUUAAUCAUUGUUCAUUGGUCAAUCAUUGGUCAUAAUAGUCCAUCAUACUUAACGUUUACUGACAUUAAUUACAUUGAAGUUUACUUCUUGUUCUUAUUUUUUUUACACAUUUUAAAUCUUUAUCGAAAACUACACGUUUUUUGAUGAAUAUAUUGGUGGGAUUAAUAUGCACAAUUUUGUUAUGUGUAUUGUAAUAUGAAAGGGGUGAAUACAGUAUUCCAUCGUCUGCGGUUGACUUGAAUACAACACAGUGCCAGGGACGGCUUUACGUGAUGACGUUUCACGUUUCAUUCUCAAGUCCUACGUACGCUCACUAUGCUACUAUGCUAAGCGCUAGCUGAGAAGCUACUUUCUGUAGCUCUGCUUGUUGUUGUCACCUGAGGAGACGCUAACUAAACAUACCAAUCUUAACUAACUUAUCCAAGGCGUUCAUAUUCUCCGGAGCGUCUGAGUGUCCGUGUGGGGCCGUAGUCAUGGCUCUCCAAGGCCCAGAAGAGCUGGGGGAGCAGGUCGAAGAGCCGGAGGAUCUGGACGACCAGGACGCUAGUAGCAUCUCCCCGGCCGAGGAGAUAACCAUGCCCAGCGGGCCUGGGGGCGACGACGAGCCGGAGGAGGCUCUCCUGCUACCCUGGGACCGCUUCUCCGCCUGGCUACACUGCAUUUGCGUUGUUGGCUUCGACCUGGAGCUGGGACAGGCAGUGGAGGUUAUCUAUCCUCAUCACUCCAAACUGUCAGAGAAAGAGAAAACAAGCAUCUGCUACCUUUCCUUUCCUGACUCCAACUCAGGUUGCCUUGGCGACACCCAGUUUUGCUUCCGAUUUCGUCAGGGUUCCAACAGGAAGUCAUCGCUUGGCGUCUUCCUUGAAACCACCGACCGGGACGCACCGCCCUGUCUGAAGAGGGAGCAGGGCCAUUACUAUGGUUACGUGUACUUCCGUCAGGUGCGAGACAAAUCCCUGAAGAGAGGAUACUUCCAGAAGUCUCUGGUCCUGAUCAGUAAGCUGCCCUACGUCACCUUCUUCCACUCGCUGCUGAAGAUCAUGGCUCCAGAAUACUUUGAGAAACAGGAACCUUGUCUGGAGGCUGCUUGCAACGACAUGGACCGCUGGCCAACACCCCAUCCUGGAAGAAUACUCACACUUCCGAUUAUGGGCGUGGUCAUCAAGGUUCGCAUCCCGACCUCUUACGACAAACCAGGAACAUCCCAGUUGGUCCAGUCCGCCCAGAGUGACAGUCAGGUGUCCAUCGUGCUCCCAACCAUCCAUGAGGUCGACCUCUUCAGAUGUUUCUACCCGGUCUUCUUCCACAUACAGAUGCUGUGGGAGUUGGUGUUGCUGGGGGAGGCCCUUGUUGUCAUGGCGCCGUCGCCUGCAGAGUCGUCGGAUACCGUGCUCGCAUUGGUCAGCUGCAUCUCUCCUCUGCGUUAUAGCAGCGACUUCCGGCCGUACUUCACCAUCCACGACAGCGAAUUUAAAGAGUACACCACGAGGACGCAGGCUCCGCCGUCAGUCAUUCUGGGAGUGACCAAUCCCUUCUUUGCUAAAACGUUGCAGCACUGGCCGCACAUCAUCCGCAUCGGAGACAUGAAGCAAGCAGGUAGAUGAAUCUGCUGCCAGUCAAACGUGGUGUUUGUCU